GUAUGCACGUACGCGCGCACGCACGGCGACGAGUGGGCGGGGGAGGAGAGAGAGAGAGAGAUUGGAGGCGCCCCGCCCAGUCCUCAGGGUUGCCCGUGCACCGUGCGACCGCCAAGAUGGUGGUGGGCGCGUUCCCUAUGGCGAAGCUGCUAUACUUGGGAAUCCGGCAGGUCAGCAAGCCGCUUGCCAACCGUAUUAAGGAGGCCGCCCGGCGAAGCGAGUUCUUCAAGACCUACGUCUGCCUACCGCCGGCUCAGCUGUACCACUGGGUGGAGAUGCGGACCAAGAUGCGCAUCAUGGGCUUCCGGGGCACAGUCAUCAAGCCACUGAACGAGGCGGCGGCCGCUGACCUGGGCGCUGAGCUGCUGGGUGAGGCCACCAUUUUCAUCGUUGGCGGCGGCUGCAUGGUGCUGGAGUACUGGCGCCACCAGGCAAACCAGCGCCACAAGGAGGAGGAGCAGCGCGCCGCCUGGGACGCGAUGCAGGACGAGGUGGGCCGCCUGGCGCUGGCGCUUGAGGCGCUGCAGGCACAGGUGCAGGCGACACAGCAGCCCGGCGCCCUGGAGGAGCUACGGGCGCAGAUGCAAGAGGUGCGCGCCCAGCUCUGCGCCCGGGACGGGAAGGCGCCUUUGGCGCCUCAGGCAGUGUCUUCGUCCCAAGCAGUGUCCUCGACCCAGGCAGUGUCCACGACCCAGGCAGUAUCCACAUCCAAGGAAUAGGAGACUACUGAAGCCUGAACUUGGAUCUGGCCAUGUGUGCCCUGAUGUGGCCUUCUCUCCACGCUACCCCUGCCUGUGCUGGCCCAGCGGAAACCACUGGGAUCUUGAUGAAACUUGGCCUUUGGUCACCCUGUACUGACCAGUGGUACCUUCCACUGGGACUGUGAAACUUCCAACAUAGACCCCUCCAACCUCUAGCUCAUUGGUACAAUCCACAGUGCUCAUCUCUCCAACCCCUCUCCAAACCACACAGACCUGCAAGGUCCCUGCCAGCAGGACAACAGCUCACUCUUCUGGCAGAAAAAAAAAAAAAAAUGGAACCGGUACUUGAGCCCAAUCGACCUAUCAAUGCCCCAUUUACCUAAUUAGUGUUACCUUUCCCUAGGAUGCUCAUGUAUCACACCGGACACCCCCUUCCUUUUGUCAGUUGGUACAAACCACUGUAAGGAAUGCAGUGUCUUGCAGUGGACUUCUGCCCCCCUCACCUUCUAAGGUGUGCUGUAGCUGGGCAUGAGCUUUUUUUGAGGGGGAAAAUAGGAUCCUGGUUUGCAGUUGAUCCACUGAAUAUUAUAUUUUCCCUUAAAUUGAUCCUUGGUACCUUCUCCUGAGACCCCAAGUGGAAUAUUCCAACAGAACCCUUCAGUCUAUGGCACAACCCCCCUGGAAUGGCUGUCCAGUCUUCUCAGGCAAUGCCCUCCCAGCCCCGCUUUGGUGGUGGAAAAAUUGAUCGUGCCUAGGGCUAAUCCAUCUUGUCUUUCAGCCUCAGCUUCCUGUUUACCUGUCCCCAGAGUCCGUGGGCCUUUCCUGACAUGUCCUUUCCAACCUUCCCCACUGUCUUCUUCAGUGGCCUGUCAGAGGACUGCCAGCCAUGGAUUAGAUGAUCACACCCCCCAUGUUUCUUUUAAAUCUGUUGAUCUGUGUGCUCUUGCCCUCUACCCCUGGGGCUCUGGACUAGUCCAACAGCCCCCCUUCAUGCAGUGGUACCUCCUGCCUCCAAAGCCCCAAAUCCCACCUCCAUCCCUUUGGACUAGGCCACUUGUUGGUCUUACCUUCCUUAAUAGUUUCCUGGGGCUAAUUUGCCAUAACAAAUUACCACGAACUUGGUGGCUUAAAACCAUAGUAAUUUAUUCUGUCACAGUUCUAGAGGCCACAGAUCCAAAAUUAAGUGUCAGCAGGGCCCACCAACUCUGAAGGUUCUAGGGGAGGGUCCUUCAUUGCCUCUUCCGGCUUCUGGGGGCUCCAGGUGUUCCUGGGCUUGUGGCUGCAGAUCUCCAGUCUCUGCCUCUGUCUUCACAUGGCUUUCUCUUCUGUCUCUUAUAAAGACACCUGGUCAUUAGAUUUAGGGCCACCCUAAAUCUAGGAUGGUUUCACUCAGAGAUCCUUAAUUCCAUUUAUAAAUGCCCUUUUUCCAAGUAAGUUCACAUUCAUAGGAUCCAUGGGUUAGGAUGUAGACACGUCUUGGGGGGCAGCAUUCAACCCACUAUACCUCCCCACUCCCAAAGUAUGCUGGGACUGCUGCCAGCCCCGUGGGACAUUCAGCCUUCCCCAUGUGGGUGAAAGGAACAGUCCAGGAACCACCCUUCACUACUUGGUUUCUCUUCCAGGACUCACCCCUGAAGCAGAGAGGGAUGUGCACCCCACCAGUGUGCAUUCUGUUUUUCAGACUGUAGAUGUUUGAAGGAGCCCUGGGAUGAGGAACUCAUCUUAAGGAUAUGUCUGAGAACCAUGAUAUGGAUCUCCAAAAUGGGUACCAAGCUCAUUAAAGUUAGGAGAGAAGCUGAGAGAGAUCUGAUGGGGGUGAGCGUCAUCCUAUGAACUCUUUCUCAGAUGGGGAAACAGAGGCCCAAAGGAAGCAAAGGGACUUGUCCAAGCCUAUGAAGCCAGUGAGGGACCGGAUUCAGUGGGGAGACAGAGAGAGGAGCCCAGGUUUUCCUGGGUGUAGGUUGUUGAAGAGUGCAGAGUGAGGAGGAGGAAGAUGAGAGGGAGGCAGAUUACUGGGGGAGGGGCAGGGAUCUCUACAAAGAGAUCCCAGUGGCAGUGUCGAGAGUGGGGUCCCUCCAUCCCCCGUCAGAGCAGCCCCACAUCACACCAGAGACAGCAUUUUAGCGAGCGGGGUUGGAUUCAUUCCACCUGGGCCCCAUUCCAAGAAAUGGGAGAGACAGGUUUUCUCUCACUUCCUCACCUCACUUUCCCUGGGGUUUAAAAAUGAUCUGGACACAAGACCUACGGAGGUAGAAAACCAAGAAACGGGGUUUCUGAAACAUUUUAAUUUCUUUCAGAAGAGGGGGAGAAGCUGGUGUAGUGGGAGCUAAGGAGGUGGGUCCUGGUGGGCGUGUCUUUGCAGGUGACCUGAGUGGGUUAAAUGAUGAAGGGAAGAAGGCAAGAGAGAUACCACUGCAUUAAAGAGUGACGGAUAGAGCCAGGUGAGCGGGCUCAGUGCGUGGUUUCCAUGGUUACCUCCGGCAGUCCACUCUGGCACUGACAUCUCUGGAGCAUAGGUUGCUGGAGGCCAGGGACGGUGACUGCAAACCCUCCCAUCAUGUCAAUAAAUAGCAGCCAUUCUAACAGAUGGAGUUUAUUGAGCUCUGGUUAGGUGCUGGACACUGUUUGAGUGCUUUAUAUUACCCCAAUAGCGUUAUGUUCUUUAUUUCACAAGGAAACUGAGGCACAGAGACACCUGCCCAAGGUCACACAGGCAGGGAAGAGGUGGAGGUGGGACCUGAAGAUGUUCAGUCUGGGCCAGAGUGCAAGCCCCUAACCCCUGCGCCAUUUUGACCCUGAUGUAGCGCUGCUCUAACGUCUGUGAGACUCAAAACUCAGCUGUGAUGUGCCCUGACAUGUGGCCAGACCUGAGGGUUGCAGCAGCUUCACCCACCAGGUGGUGGGUGUGAUCAGGGUGUGUGGAAAGAACCGCCUCUCAAUGCAAGAGGCCAGAGGAUGGAGGGUUCAUCGCUCUGGCUUCCUACUAGUGAGUUUUGUAUACAUUUGCGACUUGGGGAGAGGGGUUAGAAUAAAUUUGUAAUUCAA